AUGUUGGACACGUUCGAAAUUCUGACGACGUCAGGAGUAGUGCUCUGGUCGAGGACAUAUGCGACGGUCAGCCCCGCAGUCGUCAAUAACUUCAUUAGCGAUGUCUUCAUCGAGGAGAAAAACUCCGGUGCACGCGCAACCGACGGCGUCUCUGCCGCAGCGAACCCGCCAUACAAGUUUGACCAGCAUACGCUGCGCUGGACGUUUGUCAAGGAGCUGGGCAUAAUCUUUGUCGCAGUCUACCGGUCGCUUUUGCACCUCAGCUGGGUUGACAAGCUCGUCGACAACAUCAGGACUAUAUUCAUAGAGGCGUAUGGUGACCAGCUCAAGAAACCGAACACAACUAUCGUCGAGUGUUUAAAGUUGGACGAGUACUUCGACCAGCAGCUACAAGAACUCGAGCAAGCUGGCGGCAGAUCAGACAAGAAAGAGCUUCGUACGAUCAAAGAAGAAGCGCUGUCGGGCGACUCGGAAAGCGAACCGCUACUACCACCUGGCCUCGUGCCGAGGGAACGGCCUCGGGAUGACGCAACCAGCAAGCGGGACCAAUCCCCUGAGUCGACACCGGCUGUCUCGCUGAGUGCCUCGCGUCCGACGACCUCAGGGACGAGCCACCUGUUGACAGCAAAGGUGGGCCCAGGAUCCAAGCUGUCGAGAAGAGCGAGGAAAGUCCAGAACGCCAAUGCCGCGCCGCUUUCUUCUGGCGAUGAGGGCCAGGCAAAGAGGGGCAAGACGGCAAAGGGCGCCGCCCCCAAACGCGGGAGGAAAUGGGAUGCAGAUGGCCUUGCAGACGAGGAUGACGACGUCCAGCUCGAUUAUUCGGCCCCCAACGCUACAGCGAGCGAGAGCGAGGCCGAUAACGCUGGGAGAUCAGCUACCGUCGAACAGGUAGAUGCCUCGACAUGGGGCUCAACUACCAAGGGGAAGUUCGUGCUCAGGGAUCUGGGCGACGAGGUUCACUCCAUCCUGGCAUCUGCCGAUGCCAAAAACUCGGCAGAUAAGACCGACUCUGCAUCUGGCCUCGUGGGAUCCAGUCUGAGCGCAAUUGGCGGACUCUUCAGGAAUGUAGUUGGUGGCAAGGUCUUGACAAAGGAAGAUUUGGAUAAAGCUAUGAAGGGCAUGGAAGAGCACCUACUGAAGAAGAAUGUUGCUAGGGAGGCUGCAGUGCGGCUGUGCGAGGGUGUGGAACAGGAGCUUAUUGGAGUCAAGACCGGAAGUUUUGAGAGCAUCAGUGCACGGAUACAGAAGGCCAUGGAGGCUUCCCUGACCAAGAUGCUUACGCCGACGUCCUCCCUGGAUCUGCUCCGCGAGAUUGAUUCUAUCACAUCACCGCCGGCGAAAUCGUUGCGGAAACGCCGCCCCUACGUCAUGUCCAUCGUCGGGGUCAACGGCGUAGGCAAGUCGACCAACCUGUCCAAGAUCUGCUUCUUUCUGCUCCAGAACAAGUACAAAGUGUUGAUUGCUGCGGGAGACACGUUCCGGUCCGGCGCCGUCGAGCAGCUGGCUGUCCACGUGCGGAACCUCAAGGAGCUGACGGCGCGAGAGGGCGGCAAGGUGGAGCUGUACCAGAAGGGCUACGGCAAGGACGCAGCCGCCGUCGCCAAGGAUGCCGUCGCGUUUGCGGCGCAGGAGGGCUUCGACGUGGUUCUGAUCGAUACCGCGGGCCGCCGGCACAACGACCAGCGGCUCAUGUCUUCGCUGGAAAAGUUUGCCAAGUUUGCGCAGCCGGACAAGAUCCUCAUGGUUGGCGAGGCACUGGUUGGCACGGACUCUGUGGCACAGGCGAGAAACUUCAACGCGGCCUUUGGAUCUGGCCGCUCCUUGGAUGGCUUCAUUAUCUCAAAGUGCGACACAGUGGGCGACAUGGUGGGCACCCUUGUCAGCAUUGUCCACGCCACCAACCAUGGAUUCGGAGACGGCGGUGGCGUGGGAGGGCCGCCUCCGUCGACGCUCGCUGCGCAGCUCGUCGAGAACAUCUCAACCUCUGCCCGCUCCCGGUCGGGCCCCGACGAGAACAGCGAAUUAAAGCGCCUGUUCGGCGUCAUAGAAAAGGUCAAAAACAACCCAGACCUCGUCAAGACGCCCGAGGAGCGCGUAGAGCACAACCACCUGCUCAUCUAUGUCUGCGGCGGAAUCGUGCUCGAACGCCUUAGGUGGGACGACGCCGACGCCGAUCUGCCCGAACUCCGCACCGCUGCCCUCAAGGCCAUCCACUUCCUCAACGUCACCUUCAAGGAGACGCCCACUGUUCUCCGUUACACCCCCGACGACGGCGCCUUCAUGUUUCGCGGCUGCGAGCCCUUGUGGCUGUGGAUCCUGCCCAAGGUCCUCAAGAUGCUGGGCCACAGCCGGUGUCUCGACCUGUCUGGCCACAUCGAGGAACUCUGCCAAUAUAUACUGCAGCUCACGAGCCAGCAUGGCUAUAUUUGGGACCUGGGACCGUCCUUUAUCCAGUAUUUUCAGACCAAUCUGGGCGCUAUCCUCGCCCGCCUCAGAACCGUCGCGCAUUCUCCACAGGCAGAGUUUCAUCCUGCGAUUGAACUGCCGCCCCAGUCAUUACUCCAAUCCUUCUCCGAUGUCGUUCCUCAAAAGUGUUCAUACACCAUCCGGCGUGCGGAGCAUGCUAUACGCCAUGCUUCGGGUCUCCUGAGCAUAAUAAAAAAUACUAUAUCUCCCAAGAUUGAAACCUCGACCUCCUUUCUCCUCGAGCAAAAUCUAUUUGGGCUUCUGGACUCAGAUGUCUUUGAGAAACCGGCCCGCCUACUCGCAGAAGUCGAGCACGGACUGGAGCUGAGGCGUGUGGUCUGCCUUGCUCUAGUUCAGCUAGCAAAGGGGGCAAUCGCUCAUAACCCAACCUCAAGAAUGAUUGCGUCUCAACUAGUCACGCUCUCGCAAAGCCUCGUAUCAGAAAACCCGCUCAUUGGUGCUGACACAGACGUCUGGCGAUGCGUCGAGUUGCUCAAGCAAGCAAUAGCUAGCCCUAAUUCCGGCGCAUUCAACGAAGAUGUGAGAUCGGACAAAUUUCUAGACAGACUACUCUGCGAGCGAGUCAAGGAGCUGAGACUCGAGCCGAACAACCGAGACGCCCCGCAACCGGCCGCCAAACGAAGGAAAUUCGCACCUCAGUCAUCACCGCUGCGCAAGGUUGUAGAACAGCUAUGUCGUUUAGUCCAUGCUCAUCCAACUACCAGCCUAGAUAGCCUAGAGAACCUCUUAAUCGACACGUUUCCUAGUAUGGACGAAGACGGCCAAUGUCAGGCAAUUGAGCUCUCCACCCGCAUCUCAUGUGACGCUGAUGGCACCUUGGAGGUCAAGAAGACCGAGAACGGACUUUCGCCUCGUUUCCAAUGUUCAUUUUGCGGUACAUCGGCGGGCAACUUGUGUGACAAUCCGGAUAAUUCGGCGAAGCGGCUUUCAUCUGCUGUAUUUAGCAGAAUUAUACGACUACCAGCCCUUCUGGAAUCGAGACGCCCUCGUGUGUAUGCCAUGAUUGCACUAAGGCGCAUAAUACGGCACUCGGAGGACAAAAAUCUCUGGGACCUCGAAAAAUCUGGACCGGGACAGUGGUGUCUGCAGUCGCUGAACAGCUCCAUUCGAGAACUUCGUAUUGCCGCUGGGAGGGCCCUCGCUGUUUUCAUCGUUGAACGGGACGUUUACAUGAGAUCAGACAGAGCGACUAUCAAGCGAAACCAGGCGAAUGGGCUGAGCAUUCUCAAAUCACUCUCUGAUAAGGACGCCGCUGAGCUACACGAGACAUGCAUCAUGGCAUGGGGCCAGGUGGGCAGGGUUGUUUCGGACGACGAACUCAACUUGGUUCUCAUCAAGCUUGUUCAGUACCUUGGGCACCGCAACAUGAUAGUGUCUGCCUUUGCGUUCAGCGAGAUCUUGAAUCUUGCCAGUUCCCGCGGAGUAAACGUCCGACGACUCUUCCAGCCAUUCUGGGCUAGCUUGGCCUUUUCGGUUGCUAAGGAUAUGGUAUCGAAGCCACAGACGACCCGGAUGGUUGCCGAGCUACUGCAGACUGGCGUUCCGGAUCUUCUCCGUCAUCUACAGACGCAUGCUCUUCCCUGGCUGGUCCUAACGAAGAAGCGGGAUGUUAUCCAGAAAAUCGCCGAGGCUCGAGGGGAAGAGGAAAGUUGGCAGCCCUGCUUGGACAACAUUAAUUUGCCUUCUAUUCUGGCCCUUCUUUUGAUCCAGGAUGCGCCGAACAUUGCAGAGCAUUCAAUGUCGUCACUGAGGCAAAUCUCAUCUCAUUUUGACCGAUUUGAGCUCGUCGAAUUGCUACGAACAGAUCCUAUCUCAAUAGCUCUAGAGCUCUUCAAAGCCGGCGGUGAUGCAAACGAAGCCCGGAAAGCCCAGGUACGGAAUGCCUUGAUGACGAUGGCAACUCUUCUGUUGGCGGACAACGCGGACAAGAAAGUAAAAAAGUCGCACAAAAUCGGGCGAUAUCUGCAACCUCACGCACUCGGCCUAACAGCAAGACUGAGCGAGACUAUCGCCGAUACUCUGGGAUCGCACCCCCCUGUUCAAGAACGGAAGCAGUGCCUCGGUGCAAUGGAGGAGAUGAUCAGGGUCUGCAACUCUUAUGUCUGCAUUGCUCGCCCACAGAUUUCUGCGUGUUUGAUAUCUGCACUAGCUUCUGACGAGCUUCGGACUGCUGCCUUUUCUUGCUGGGUGGCCAUGCUCACUCACAUGGAAGAGGCGGAUAUCGAGGCUCUGAUUGAGACGACUUUCUUCAUAAUCGACAAGUACUGGAGCUCGUUCAACGACGAAACGAUGGAGAAGGCUUCAGAAUUGAUCAAAACUCUUCUCGAAAAGCACCAACAGGUUUUAGUAGAGUACUCUAAUAAGCUACCCUCACUGAGCAAUAUACCGAUGCUCAAAGGCCGAGCCGAAAGAAUUGAUGCAUUACGCCAGCGUUUAGACGACAGAGAGGCAUUCGGAAUCUUUGCCGAACGGCUGAAUCACGAAAACUCGGGAGUUGUAAGACAGGCCUUGGUCGAGUUGCUUUAUUUUCUAGCGGAGCACCAAAACUACCUUCAGACCUCGGCUCUCAGCGAGCAGCCAGACUCGGUCGUCACGACCCUGAUGCGCUCCUUGCUCGACUGCUCGUCCAAGUACAAUGGCUGGGAACCCGACAUCGUCCGACUCUGCGCCGAAUCUGUCGGACUCAUCGGCUGUCUCGACUCGAACCGCCUCGAAACCACACGAGAAGACAAGAAGUUUGUUGUCGUCCACAACUUUGGUGACGCUGGUGAAACUACGGACUUUGUUGCGUUCGUACUUGAAAACGUGCUGGUCAAGGCUUUCUUGUCAACCACCGACACAAAGUUCCAGGGCUUCCUUUCCUUUGCAAUGCAAGAUCUCUUGGACAAAACAGAUUUCAAGGCAGCAUGUGAAAUGCUAGGCCAAGGCGAGAGCGAGUCCAUCUACAGAAAGUGGCUUGCCUUGUCUGACAACGCCCGGGAAGUCCUAACACCUUUUCUGGCGUCAAAGUUCUGUGUCCAGCCCAUGGUCCAGCAGCCUGCUGAGUAUCCGAUCUUCCGUCCUGGGAGGACAUACGCGAACUGGCUACGACCUUUUGUCCUGGAUCUUCUCCGCAAUGGCCAGAACUUCUUCAGCCAAAUUAUCUUUGAGCCUCUUCAACGACUGAUUAAAGUUCAAGAUCUCUCGGUGGCCGAAUUUUUGCUGCCAUAUGUAGCGCUGCACGUCGUUGUUGGGCAAGAGAACUCGUCGGACUUCAGAAAAAAGGUCAUGGGGGAACUAGCCUCCAUCUUGCAAUACCAGGUGCCUGACACUGCAUCUUAUGUCGAAAAGGAAGAGCUGAAGCUCCUUUACGAGGCUGUCUUCCGCAUUAUCGAUUACGCUAUGAGAUGGAAACAGAUUAAACAAGCACAGCCAAACCUUAAACCAGACGACUUACGAAAGUUGACCUGGCUCAAAGAGUCUCUUGCAUCUCUUGAUCAGGAGUUGAUCUCGCGACGAGCAGUUGACUGUAAAGAAUAUGCGCGGGCGCUCUUCUUUCUCGAGCCGCAUCUUCUGGCAAAGGCGGGAGAUGAUACAGCCGAAAAAGAUCGGCUUGUCCAAUCUCUGCUGGAUAUUUACACGCAGAUUGAUGAUCCUGAUGGGCUCGACGGAGUAUCAACCCAACUACAGCGCGUAGACCUUAAUCAACAAGCCCUUAACCACCGCAAAGCUGGCCGCUGGACCGCAGCACAGACUUGGUACGAAAUACGGCUUGCUGAGUCUCCCGAGAACGUUGACAUCCAGUUGGAUCUUCUGACUUGUCUCAAAGAGUCUGGGCAGCACGACGUCCUCCUUAAUUACGUCGAGGGUAUGAAGAGGACCACGAACACUGUCGGCAAAAUAACCCCCUUUGCUGUCGAGGCCUCAUGGGCAACAGGUAGAUGGCAAACAUUAGAGAAGUAUCUCCGCCUUUAUAGCUCGGGGGAUGUCUCGGAGGACUUCAAUCUCGGGGUCGGCCAAGCUUUACUAGCCCUGAAGGAAAUGGAUGGUGAGAAGUUCAAGCAUCACAUCAAGAUGAUGCGGGACAAGGUCGGCGGCUCGAUGACCUAUUCUACGACAUCUUCACUGCGAGCCUGCCACGACGCGAUGCUCAAGUGCCAUGUCUUGAGCGACCUGGAGUUGAUUGGCAGCGAUUAUGUCUAUGGACGUGAGCCGGUGAACGUUCUCCAAGCACUCAACCGUCGACUGGGAGUUCUCGGUGCCUAUGUCAGCGACAAGCAAUAUGUGCUUGGCGUCAACAGGGCAGCUAUGGACUUGAUGCGGCCGAACUACAACGACGAGGAUAUUUCAUCCUUGUGGCUUGCAAGCGCUCGUCUAGCAAGAAAAGCCGGAUCAAUGCACCAGUCAUUCAACGCAGUAUUGCAUGCUCAGCAGCUUGGUGACGGCUCUGCCAUCAUAGAAAAUGCCAGAUUGCUGUAUAAAGACGGCCAUCACAGAAAGGCUAUUCAAGUAUUGCAACUCGCCAUCACCACCAACUCCUUUAUAACCGAAAAUAUAGGGAGUUUGGUUCCAACUUCGAGCAAAAAUGCCGACACGCAGCGCAAUCUGCUGACAGCGCGAGCCCACCUUCUCCUCGCAAAAUGGCUUGACUCAACAGGCCAGACACAUGCUAGUGCCCUGCGAUCAAAGUAUCAGGAUGCAGCAAAAACUCAUUCUCAGUGGGAGAAGGGGCAUUACUACCUUGGCCGUCAUUACAAGAAAGUCCUGGAGUCCGAGAAAACACUCAAGCCCGAUGACCAGACUGACGAAUAUCUCACUGGAGAGACGGCUAAGCUGGUAAUAGAGAACUAUCUCCGUUCUCUCAACUUUGGCACGAAGUACUUGUACCAGACUCUGCCGCGCAUCCUCACACUAUGGCUUGAACUCGGGGCCCAGGUCGAUAAACCGCCCGACGGAAAGGUAUCCCUCUCCCGGGAGCUGCAUGCGCGCAGAAAGACCAUACUUAUGGAAGUAUACAAGAACCUUUCAAAGAACCUAGCUCGAAUGCCAGCUUUCAUUUUCUAUACGGCCCUUCCCCAGAUCGUGGCAAGAAUAGCGCAUCCAAACCUGGAGGUGUUCAAGAUCUUGGAGCAGAUGAUUCUUAGGGUCGUUGAAGCCUACCCUCGCCAAGCUUUGUGGAGUCUGUUCUCUUUUAUGACAACAAGACAGUCUUCGGAGCGGCGAACCAGGGGCCUUCAGAUUCUUCAGGGUCUGCGUGGGUUGGGCAAAAAGGUUGAAGGCGCAGGCUACGAUAUGAAGCAAUUGUUGAGGAUGGGCGAAAAGCUGGCGGAGCAGCUUUUGCUGGCCUGCAACAAUGGCGACUUCCAAAGCAACAGGACAACCACGGCGAGCAUUACCAGGGACCUAAACUUCAACCACAAAUGCACGCCAUGCCCUCUGGUAGUGCCAAUCGAGGCUUGCCUCACAGCGACGUUGCCGACUUUGACAGACAACUUCAAGAAACAUAAGGCGUUCUCUAGAGACGUUAUUACUAUUGACUGCUUCCUCGAUUCGGUUCUAGUCCUCGGCUCGCUGGCAAAACCUCGCAGGCUUACGGCGCGAGGAUCAGAUGGGAACUCUUACAACCUCUUGCUCAAACCCAAGGAUGAUCUCAGAACGGACCAGCGUCUAAUGGAGUUCAACGGGCAGAUCAACCGCUCCCUCAAACGGGACGCCGAGUCCAGCAGGCGGCAGCUUUACAUCAAGACCUAUGCCGUCACGCCACUUAAUGAAGAGUGCGGCAUCAUCGAGUGGAUCGAUGGCUUGAAGACGAUACGAGAUAUUCUGCUCGGCAUCUACAAGACACGCAACGUGGUCCCUAACUACGGCCAAAUUGCACAGUUGAUGAAAGAAGCGAGCAUGUCAGACACCAGCGUGGGCCUGUUUACAGAAAAGGUGUUGGGCAUGUUCCCACCUGUGCUCCCCGACUGGUUCAUCUCGCAGUUUCCCAGUCCGUCGACCUGGUUCUCGGCGCGUCUCAAAUACACGCGCUCGUGCGCCGUCAUGUCCAUGGUUGGCACGAUUCUCGGGCUGGGCGACCGGCAUGGCGAGAACGUGCUGCUGGAAGAGGGCAACGGCGGCAUCUUCCACGUCGACUUCAACUGCCUCUUCGACAAGGGGCUGACGUUUGCGCAGCCGGAGCGCGUGCCCUUCCGGCUGACGCACAACAUGGAGGCUGCCAUGGGCAUCUACCGGUACGAGGGGCCGUUCCGCCACUGCAGCGAGCUUACGCUGCAUAUCCUCCGCCAGCAGGAGGAGACGCUCGUGACGAUCCUCGAGGCGUUCAUCUACGACCCCACGCUGGACCUGCAGCGCACCAAGAAGCGCGGCCACGAGGCCGUCAAGCUCAACCCGACCAGCGUCGUUGAGAGCAUCAAGCGUAAGGUUAGAGGCCUGCUGCCGGACGAGAGCAUCCCGCUUGGCGUCGAGGGACAGGUCGAGGAGCUCAUCAAGCAGGCGGUCAAUCCCAAAAAUCUGGCGGCUAUGUACAUUGGGUGGUGUCCGUUUUUGUAG